CUUGCACCGCCCGCUCGGCUGCGGCGGCCGCGGCACUUCAAGGAGUCGCUGGCUGAGGCGCGGACUCGGCGACGGACGGUCGGCCGAGCGGACCAGAGGCCGGAAGCUUCUGGUUUAACUGGGGAAACAUGAUGACAGCACUUGUGAAAGCUGAAGAAUAAUCACCUCUUAUUAAUGUGAUGCCAGUGCUAUACAGGAGUAAACUCUGAGCUGGGAACAGCCUUCUGGACCAGAAGAGUGAGCACCCAGGAAUCACACUCGGCAACGAUGUCAGCGGAACUGGAGACUGCGGAGGGGGUGGAUGAGUCGGAGAAAAAGAGCUCCGGGGCCUCAGAAAAAGAGAACCACGCCAGGAUGGCUGACCUCUCUGAGCUCCUGAAGGAGGGGACCAAGGAAGCACAUGACCGGGCAGAAAACACCCAGUUUGUCAAGGACUUCUUGAAAGGCAACAUCAGGAAGGAGCUGUUUAAGCUGGCCACUACUGCACUUUACUUCACAUAUUCAGCCCUUGAGGAGGAAAUGGAGCGCAACAAGGACCACCCAGCUUUUGCCCCCUUGUACUUCCCCACGGAGCUACACCGGAAGGAGGCACUGACCAAGGACAUGGAGUAUUUCUUUGGUGAGGACUGGAAGGAGAAGGUGCGGUGCUCUGAGGCUGCCCAAAAGUAUGUGGAGCGGAUCCACUAUGUGGGGCAAAAUGAGCCGGAGCUUUUGGUGGCCCAUGCCUACACUCGCUACAUGGGGGACCUCUCAGGGGGCCAGGUGCUGAAGAAGGUGGCCCAGCGGGCCCUGAAACUCCCCAGCACAGGAGAAGGGACCCAGUUCUAUCUGUUUGAGAACGUGGACAAUGCACAACAGUUCAAGCAGUUGUACCGGGCUAGGAUGAAUGCCUUGGACCUGAACCUGAAGACCAAAGAGAGGAUUGUGGAGGAGGCCAACAGGGCCUUUGAGUACAACAUGCAGAUAUUCGAUGAACUGGACCAGGCUGGCUCCUUGUUGGCCAAAGAGACCCUGGAGGACGGGCUCCCCGUGCACGAUGGGAAAGGAGAUGUGCGUAAAUGCCCCUACUAUGCUGCUAAACCAGACAGAGGUGCCCUGGAGGGCAGCAGCUGCCCCUUCCGAACAGCCCUGGCUGUGCUGAGUAAGCCCGGCCUGCAGUUCAUUCUGGCCGCUGGUGUGGCCCUGGUUGCUGGCCUCCUGGCCUGGUACUACAUGUGAAGGACCCAUCAUACCACGUUGGCGCCCUCCUCCUGAGUGACCACUGGCCUGCCCCCACCUCCACCGGUGACUAAACUACCGCCUCAGGUGACUCUUCUUAAAUGCUGGUUUUGAGAAAACAAGCAACCAAUAAAGGCCAGACGCUAAAGCCUCUGCCUGUAGCGUCCUCUCUGUGGGCUAGAUGCUGAGCUGGCUGUAGGCCCACCAUUCCUGCAGCCAUUAGGCCAUGGUACUGGGAGCAGCCUGGGCCUCUGGAACCAACUCUGCUCCAGGGGCGUCCACACUGCUCACCCUGAGGCUCCUUCCCUUCAUUCUUCCUUAUGUUGGCAUUUAGGUGGGUACCUUUCCCCUGAUGGGAACAGAGCAGCCAGCAAGCCCACGCUGCUGUAGCUCUGUGGGAGGGAGGGGUGGCUUGCACCCUGCCUCAGAAGCCUGGGGAGCUCCGUCCUGAACAGCCAAUCCUCACCCUCUCAAGCAGAAACUCCAGAAGAGGGGGGUCUGUUUAGCCGUGGCCUAUCUCCUCCCUUGACCUGUGUAAAUGCUACAGCACUCAAUAAAGUGGACUCUGACA